GUGAAGCAUAGAACAGUUGUGGAUUUAUGGUUAUUUUGAUUUCAUUUUGGUGUAGAUUGUCUGUACUAGAAAAUGGAUGCUGCUGAACAAAAGCAGAAACGAGUUCCUAUGUUGAGGCCUGGCUGUGGAUCAAAAGGGCAGAAAAUUCGACUAUUAACCAAUCACUUCGAUGUCAAGAUUGACAAUACUGAUUACUACUUCUUCCAAUACUCUGUUGCCCUUUACUAUGAAGAUGGAAAACCAGUUGAAGUAAUGAAGGGUGUAGGAAGAAAAGUAAUGGACAAGAUCAAAGAAACAUACAGCUCUGAGUUGGAUGGCAAGGAAUUCGCUUAUGAUGGUGAGAAGACCUUGUUUACUGUCGGUUCCCUCCCAAGGUCUCAUCUGAAAGGAAGGAUGGUAAGAGCAGCCCGGGAGGCAAUGAGAGUGAUAAAAAGAGAAGAAAACGCGUAUCUCAAAGAAAGACUUUUAAGGUGGAGAUCAGUUAUGCAACAGAAAUCCCAAUUAAGGCAAUAAGUGAUGCUCUCCGUGGUAUAGAAUCUGAGGACUUCCUAGAUGCUGUCCGGGUUCUGGACAUAGUACUGAGGCAACAUGCUGCAAAUAAGUAAGUUCAAAUUUCUUACUCCUUGUUCUUUUUUCAAAUUUUGUUUCCUCUUUGUACAUACUGAUGUUCUCUUUUUAUACAUAAGGGGGUGCCUUUUGGUGAGGCAAUCAUUCUUUCACGACAAUAAAAGGAACUUUGAUGUCCUUGGAAGGGGUAUUCUUGGUUGCAGGGGAUACCAUUCAAGUUUUCGAGCCACUCAAAGUGGACUGUCUUUGAACAUGGAUGGGACGCUUACAACGAUUGUUAAGCCUGGACCAUUGCUAGAUUUUCUCCUAGACAACCAGGAUAUACAAUAUUCAUACGAGAUUG